AUGUCUCGCGCCGACUCGACGUCUCCCCCACCUUACUCUUACGAGAACUCUUCUUUUGCCCCUCCGCCUCCUCGUGCAGAUGAGAUCUCGCGUAGCUGGGACUUUCAGGUAAAAUUCGAGGCGGCGCCUGAGGACGUCAGAUGGGCCAUUUUGGACACCAUAACAGCUUGGAAGGUUCACGGUCGAGGACUUCCUUGGGACUACAUCCCGAGAAGUGACGUGCAGGAUGCGUAUGAUGCGGCGCCGAACGACUUGAAGAUUGCGUUAGACUACAUCGUUCUUUAUAAUGUCACCACCUACUUCAGUGACGAUAUGGAUAGACGUCAGCAUGACUAUUUUCGUCGUCGAGAUGAUGGGUGGCCCGCUAUAGGGGGUGGGCGUAAACUGUUAACGGCAGUGCAGUUCAUGCAGGACUUCUAUGCCUCAGCAAAUACCGUUCAGAAAGCAAUCCUGAUGACCUUCGCGACAUGGGACCAACGACGAACCCAGGUCUACGAAGAGCCUCGCUUGGAUCAUCUGCGACUCAAGUAUGAACAGGCUUCUGAGGACAAGAAGAUCCUGCUCAAUUGGAUGCUUGAGAGCGGGGCCGACUACGGGAUUGCGACCCUCCGCAUGAUACCAAGCCACGAAGAAUCAACACGGCGAGCGUUCGACAGGAUACACGAGACCCGACGCCAUGCGAGCUCGUUAUUCAGACGAUGA